AUGACUCAAAUACCUACACCGCCGGCUUCGCGACCUGGCUCCGAGGCUCCUGAAGCAAAGGCGAAGCCCGUGGCCUCGGAAUUGGUUCAAUCGUUGGAUACUCUUCUUGAGCAAUAUUUGAACCUACUGGAUAAGCAGCAGAAGCUGCAAACAGGCCUGGCCGAACAACUGUCCUCGGGAUUCUUUUCUCUCGCCCAGGCCAAUUUCUCGUGUCCCCCUGGCCGCCGCUAUGGGCCCGACUUCUACGACGAGCGCAUGAAGGCGACAAGGAAGAUCUCAAUCAAACCCGAGGAAAACAUUGCGGACGAAAGCGCCAACGACCCGGAGAACAAGAGUGCUGCUUCGCUACCAUCUGGAUACAAUUUCACCAUAGAGUCCACCUCGAGCCAUGAAGGGGAAGCAGGAAUAGAUGAGAAGAGUAAAGACGAGACCUCUGACUCGGUCAAGCAUGUGCAAUCCGGAACAGAGGAUACCACAGUGGACAGUGAAACAACCCCAGAAACCCCCGAGUCUUCAGCGGAUGGCAGUGCAACGACCGGUAGGGAGAAGCCGAAGCUCCGCCGCAAGAAGUUCCAUUCUGAUGAUCCAAUUCAUUGGUAUGGAAUCCUAGUGCCCCAGUCCCUGCGGACGGCACAGCACUCUUUCGCCCAUGCGGUUGAUACCGCCGUCCCUGAAUUGGCUAGUACAACAUUUGAGAUGCGGAUCCUGGAAGAGAAAAUCGGAAAUCUGCGGGCCCAGCUGGUACCUGCACUUCUAGAGGAAUCUCACGAUCUUGUCCAACGUGGUACCAAAUGA